GCGCGGACAGCGUGCGUGUUGAUCGGGCGCGUCGGGCGCUGGGUAGACACGCGGACGGACGCUGGCGAGACGCGCAGGAUUGCUGGCAAUGCGCGGGUGGAUGUCGGGCAUGUGCGUACACGCGGUGCACUUCUCCUAUGCCGAUGCGGACUAGCGCUAGGCGUCUGGGAACACGUGGCGUGCGGAGCAAGGCAGCAGGAACGUUCGCAGACGGUCGCGCGCAUUGCACUGGCACGCUGAGGAUGCGCAGGCGGCGACUGUUGAGAUGCGCGGGUGAUCUGCGACGAGCAGGUGCGGCUGGGACCUCACGGGCGUCGCUCGCGGACGCUGCUGGGAGAUGGCGUCGGGCCUGGCUGUUGCGCGACGGCGUGCAACGACUCGCGCCGUCCGCCGCCGCUGACCAUCGUCGAAAAUCGCCGCCGCUGCCGAAAGUCGCCCAGGCCCAGCCGAUCGCAACCGCAAGCUACCGCUCGCAGUUGCGCCCCGCCAGGCCACGCCAGCGACGCCUGCUCGCACGCCCUCCGCGUCCCUGCUGCCCAUCGCUGAUCGCGAGUUCCCACCGCUCCUCACCGCUACGCGCGCGCCAUUCCUCGCGCGACCAGGAGACAUGUUCCGCACGCCCGCGUAGUCCCAGACGCGCACGCCCA